AUGGCGGCGAAGGAUCGUCGCGAGGUGUGGGAUAAAAGUGAAAUUCCUGCCAUGGCUGGCAGGUUUGUGAUCGCCAUUCCUAGCACAGGGGUAGCGCUGGAUAGGCAAGUGGACGAUCGCUUGGACCAGCGUGUUCUCAUCCAUACCUCUACGUCUUCCCUGUCGCCGCUGAACACUAAGAAGAUGUUGCUUCCGGGCCAUGUAGUGGCACUGCAUGUGACGACAUGCGGUCAGAGCGGAGCUGGGCUCGGCUCGGACGAGAAGGAGACCGUGUUGCUGAUUUACGUAAUCAUUGACGUACAGACAAAUAAUAUAAUUGGCGUGAAGCAGUAUCUAGUCCGGCCAACGAAUUCGACAUUCCGCACCGAGUCGUCCGGCAGCAGCACCAAUGUCAGCGCCAUCGGUGCCCUGCCCAGCAGCCUCGCCGGCAGCAACAGCAACAUCGCGACCAGUGCCACCGGCAGCGCGAUGGAGCCCGGUACGAUUGCGAUACCGGGCGGUUCUGCAUCCCCGGGCGCCAUCGGGGCGUCAUCACCGCCGGAAUGUGCAAUAUCGCAGGAGAUACCGGCCAUCGAGUCGCUGGUGCAGACCAACGGGCGUCCCCUGGAGGAGGUCCUCCAACAGUUCGAUGAAUACACGAAAUCACUCAACCUGGACCCGCACAGUCCCAACUUUCGGCUAGUGACUGACGGUCAGCUACCUCUCCGGCAAUGCCUCCAUCCUGAAGCAAGUGCCAAAGACAUCGACCUGCCACAGUACUACUGGCGGUUUUGCGACCUGCGCAAGGAGUUUGUACGAUUCCGGGCUGGUGACCUGUCGCGCGCUCUCGUUCCAGUCGCCGACGCACCGAAGCUUCAUUCCAUGCCAAAUCUGCCGCCGACUCCGACCUCCAUCGCCGAAAUCAUCAAAGAUCUGGAACUGCAAGCUUGCCAGGACAACAAUGAAUUCUACGUCAAGGAAGCACGCGAUAUGGUGACAAUCGUAAAGCAUUUGAUCACGCUAGGACAUAAAUUUGAAGCGAACGAAGUAAUAAAUCUAAAUCUUGAGCCCGGCAUAUGCUCAAUCGAUGACGAAAUAGAUGGGACGUGCAUAGUGCGUGCCCGUGGACUGCCCUGGCAGAGCAGCGACCAGGAUAUUGCCAAGUUCUUCCGCGGUUUGAAUGUGGCAAAGGGCGGAGUAGCUCUGUGUUUAUCACCACAAGGACGCCGUAACGGCGAAGCAUUAGUGCGAUUUGUAUCACAAGAACACCGCGAUAUGGCGCUGAAACGACAUAAGCAUCACAUUGGCAAUCGAUACAUUGAGGUGUAUCGAGCCAACGGGGAGGAUUUCUUGGCUGUAGCCGGCGGAGCAUCGAACGAAGCGCAAGCCUUUUUGUCGAAGGGAGCUCAGGUUAUCAUUCGGAUGCGAGGCCUACCGUACGAUUGCACUGCCAAGCAAGUGCUUGAUUUUUUCGCCAACGGUGAGAACAGCUGCAACGUACUGGAUGGCUCGGAUGGCAUACUGUUCGUGAAGAAGCCGGACGGACGGGCGACCGGUGAUGCGUUUGUCUUAUUCGAGCAAGAUUCAGAUGCAUCGAAAGCCUUAUCGAAACAUCGGGAAUCGAUUGGACAACGUUACAUUGAACUAUUCCGCUCGACAACGGCAGAAGUACAGCAGGUGUUGAACCGGUCGAUGGAUCCUAAGACCUACGAGCCACCGCAACCACCACUGAUCGCUCAGUUACCGCAGGUGCAGAUGCAGCUUCUGCCCCAGCACGUUAUCACCAGUGGAAUCGAGAAGAACUGCAUUCGGUUACGGGGGCUUCCGUACGAGGCCAAGGUGGAGCAUAUCCUGCACUUCCUGGAUGACUUUGCGAAUCAUAUCGUCUACCAGGGAGUGCAUCUGGUGUACAACGCACAGGGUCAAUUCAACGGCGAAGCCUUCAUCCAGAUGGAUUCCGAGGCGGCAGCGUACCAGUCCGCCCAACAGAAACACCACAAGAACAUGAUGUUCGGCAAGAAGCAGCGCUACAUCGAGGUGUUCCAGUGCUCCGGAGACGAUAUGAACAUGGUGCUGAACGGUGGCUUCCAGCAGCCAUCCAGCCUCUCGAAACCUUCGCUCCUCUCACCGGGUAUGUUACCGACAGCGGCCACACAGCCACAGACACAGUCCCCCCAAUCGCUCUCCCUCUCCCAAAUACCAUUACCGAUCCCGCCUCCCAUGGGUCUCUCAGUGCCGCCGCCAAAUCAUCAGUUGUUAGCACAGCAGCAAGCCCAGUACAUAGCGCAGCAAAGUCUUCUCGCCCGUCAGGCUGCCGCUGCACAGCACCAGCAGGAGCAGCUAAUGCUGCAGAAUCUGGGCGUGUAUGCGGCAGGUCCUCAAACCAGUGUUGCUACGUCACUGAGUGCGUCUCAACCGGGUGGAGCGGUGGGUGGCACACCGACGUAUGCUACGGCUGGCAGCGGAUUGCCACCCUCGGUGACCGGUGGUAAUGGCGGAAGUCUUGCUUUCGGCCACGGAUCGGCCAGUUUAGCCGGUUUAGGUGCAGCGGCGUCCGGAGCUGCCGGUUUGCCACCACACCUAGCCGCGGCCCAUCCGGCCUCACUCGGGGCUCAGUAUUCCCCGUUGUACUAUAUGCACCGUCACAUGCUCGCAUCUAAUGGCGGUCUGCCUAUGGGGCUGAUGGCGGCCCAGUCACACCACGCUGCGAAUUUUAAUCAACUGCAUCACUACGGGGCCGGUGUUGGGCAGGCGGGUGCCGGUGGCACUGGAGCGGCAGGAUCACUGUCGCAUCAUCCGUCUGCCGCCCUGGUGCAUCAUCCUUCACAGCAUCAUGCGAUGCAAGCGAUGGCAGCUGCGGCCGCUUCCCAGUCUGCUGCCGUCGGAAUGAUUCCUUCCAGUAUCAAGCGAUCAUACGAUAGUGCUUUUCGGGGUGACCAAUCGGCCCUCGCGAGUAGUCCUGGUAGCAAGCGAGCCUUCCAUGGUACGCCUUCACAAGGCGCGGCAGCAGCUGCAGCUGCAGCAGCGGCAGCCGCUUCCGUUGCCCUUUACGCACCGUACUACCACCAUCCGCACAUGUAA